AUGAAGCUUGUUUUAAUGGAGAAAGAACCACAUCCGGAUCUCUCUCAUGGAACUUUGAAUUAUCAGAAUAAUAAUUUUAGUCACUCGAAUUCUUUAACAACACUGAAUUCCAACUAUCCUAACUCCAGUGACCGUACACAUCUACAGCAGCAGUACGGCGGAAAUACUUCUCAAUCCUCUCAGCACGUUUUAUCCGUUCAGAGUUCAGAUUCGGCGCGUUGUACCACUGACAGUUCGGGUGCUGUUCUAGUUCCUGGCUGUUCGUCAUUAAGCUCCCGACUUGCUCCUGGGCAAGGUUCCGUCUACAUGAAGGCGCAGUCUUCACAAGGCCUGAACGCCUAUUCUGAAGCGAGUAAACCGCCUGCUCAAACGUUUUAUGGGGUGGGUGCUUCUGUUACUCCGUCUAGCCAAGGGACUGUGCCUACUACAUAUGUCUCGCACGCUAAUCUACAAGGCACUCCUGGCCCAACAUCACGUUUUAGCGGCUCCACCAGUUAUCCGAAUCCGAUGACGAAUUCAACCAUUCAGAACUCCCAAGUUCCUGGGUCUUCCUCCUCAGCAACUGACCUUGAAAAACGGCAACUCAUUCAACAACAACUUCUUUUAUUGCUGCAUGCUCAAUGCUGUCGGCAGGAACAGACCCAUUCCACGCCUUGUACCACUCCUCACUGUCGCACUAUGCGGAAUGUUCUUCAGCAUAUGAAGAACUGUACUGAAGGGAAGAACUGUCGAAAGCCGCAUUGCGCUUCAUCACGACAGAUUAUUUCACAUUGGAAAAAUUGUAGCAGCCGGGAGUGUCCGGUGUGUGGACCUCUGAAGAGAGGGCAUCAGCAGAGGACCGUCCCACAACGGCCGCCUGGUCAAAUUCUUCCCAACGCUUCGCAGCCUAGUGAGAUGAAUGGGGUCUCUCCUGGACAACCAGCUCCAGUACUUCGUUCUCCAGCACCUCAAAGUGUUAGAAGGUCUCUUCCGGCAGCCACCGCCACUUCUACAUCUCAGGUCAGGAUUACUGGAGCUUACACUCAGUCGGCUCCCGUUUCUAGUGUCCCGACUACCCCUUCUCAGAGUGUGAGCGAGAGUGUUGAGCAAACGGAUUGGCGAGCUGGUGUAAAUAUGGAACACCGGGAUCAUGUUGUUCGUAGAAUAGUCAAGUAUAUCUUGCCACAGCCUGAUCCUGCGGCCUACAGUGAUCCACGAAUGGCCAACUUGAUUGAGUACGCAAAGAAGGUGGAAAAUGCAAUGUACACAACGGCGAAAGAUAAAACGGAGUACUUUCAACUACUCUCAGAGAGGUGUUAUAAGAUAUACAAGGAGUUGGAGGAAGCUCGGCGUCGAAGGAAAAGUGCUGCUUCUGCCUCUGGAAAUGGGUCUACGUCCUCCCUUCCGAAUGAUUCGGCCGUUAGUACUAAUAGCGUAUCGGAUGUAUCCGCAAAUUCUGUCGAACCUGAUAGAAUGACUCCGAACAGAGGUUCUGUCUCUGCUGACUAUCGUCCAAGCAUUGCCAACUCGAAUGCUGAGUUUAACCAAGAAUCAGAUUCAAGGGACGGUAUUGGUGCAUUCAAAAAAGAGGAGGAUGUGAAGCCAUUUGUUUCCGAUACCAAUCAAUCCAAUUCAUCGUCUAAUGAAAUAAAAAAGACCCAGAUUAAACCUGACGACUCUCUUCCAUCCGUUGCCUCUAUUUCCACAGGUGGUGCGUUAGGUUCUACUACUGUUGCUGACACCACCAAAGUUGAUGAGUCCAAAUGGAAAAAGUGGUCUCGCGAAGAACUUUUGCGUCACUUUUUGCGUCUCCAUGAAGAGGUGUACGCCGAUAAAAAUGCUGAAUGGUUUCGUGACCCGGUGGAUCCGGUUGCUUUAAAUAUACCAGAUUACCCGGAAGUUAUCAAACACCCCAUGGAUCUAACUACGAUCCGGAAUAAUCUGGAAGAUGGUAUAUACAAAGAUCCAUGGGAAGUGUUGAACCACUUUCGCUUGAUGUUUAACAAUGCCUGGCUAUACAAUAAAAAAAAUUCCAAAGUAUACAAAAUGUGUACUAAACUAUCGGAGUUAUUCGAGAGUCAAGUGGAUCAAGUAAUGCAGGCGAUGGGGUUUUGCUGCGGACAUGAAUAUUCCUAUCAGCAAAUCCUUUAUUGCAGUUCUGCAAAUGUGUGUACUAUUGGUAAAGAUGCUCACUACUAUAUGUACACAAAUACUGACAAAAGAGUUCUUAUCUGUGAUACUUACUAUCAAUGCGAGAAAUGCUUCAACGAAGCAGGAGAUGAGAUAAUGCUUGCGGACGAAGCUAAUCAGACUCCAAUGUAUGUUUUGGGAUUUCUUCUGAGUGCAUUUUUCUCUAGUCCUAUUAGAAAGGAGCUUUUUGAACGAAAAAAGAACAACGUAACUAUAGAGGAGACCGAUGUACAUUGCAAGGAAUGUGGCCGUCGUUGGCACAAGGUUUGUGCUCUUCACAUGGAUGAGAUUUGGACAACGGGAUUCGUUUGCUCUGGAUGUCUGCGAGAGCGUGGUCUUAGACGGAAGGAAAAUCGUUUUACUGCCAAGAAUUUGCCCACUAAUAAACUGAGUAACUUCCUUGAACGCAGAGUCAACGAUUUCUUGAAGAAAAAGGAAGUUGGUACGGGGGAGGUGACGAUUCGCGUUCUUGCCAGCUCUGAUAAAUUGGUUGAAGUGAAACCGCUGAUGCGGGGUCGUUUCACAGAAAGUGGGGAACUGUCUGAAAGCUUUCCCUACCGCCUGAAAGCCAUAUUUGCAUUUCAAGAAAUUGACGGUCAAGACGUCUGCUUCUUUGGUUUGUACAUUCAGGAGUAUGGUUCCGAGUCUCCUCAGCCAAAUCGAAGACGUGUCUAUGUAGCCUACUUGGACUCCGUCUUUUAUUUCCGUCCGAAGCAGUAUCGAACGGAUGUCUAUCAUGAGAUUCUAGUCGGUUAUUUACACUACGCCAAGCAACUGGGCUACACAAUGGCUCAUAUUUGGGCUUGUCCUCCGGCCGAAGGAGAUGACUACAUAUUUCACAUGCAUCCGCUAGAACAAAGAAUUCCUAAGGCCAAGCGUCUUCAAGAUUGGUACAAAAGGAUGCUGCAGAAAGCAAUGAUUGAGGGCAUUGUUGCAGAUUUCAAAGACAUACUCAAGGAUGCUAUUGAUCAUCACCUAGUGUCUCCUACAGAAAUCCCCUACUUUGAAGGCGAUUUUUGGCCGAAUACUUUGGAGGAGAUUUUGCAGGAUUUGGACAAGGAGGAGGAACGCCGGCGUCGCGAAGAGGCGUUGGCUGAGACCGAAGAUGAUGAUCUGGAUGGGUCGCGUGACCGAGACGGUGGCCACGGCGAUUUGGACAAACGGUCCGGCAAAAAGAAGGCAAAAAAACGCAAAUGUAGCAAAAAGUCUGGUGGUUCUACGGCUAACAAGCGCAAGAAGCUUGAUGGGCCGGUGGAUUGUAACACAGAACUUACACGUAAGGUGUACGACACGAUGGAAAAGCUGAAGGAGAUAUUCUUCGUUAUUCGGCUGCAUAAGCAUGGGGCCACCGCCUCCCUCCCACCUAUUGUGGAUCCAGAUGCACUUAUUUCCAGUGAAUUGAUGGAUAGUCGUGACUCCUUCCUUCAAAUGGCCAGAGAAAAGCAUCUUGAAUUCUCCUCACUUAGACGAGCCAAGUACUCGACUUUGGUGAUGCUCUACGAAUUGCAUAACGAGGGCAGGCAGAGCUUCCUCUACACUUGCAACGUAUGCAAAGACCAAAUUGAAACUCGAUGGCAUUGCAAUGAGUGUGACGAGUACGAUCUUUGCAAUCGCUGCUACAAGCGUGAAAACCAUCCUCAUCCCAUGGAACAGUAUGGUCUGGGUAUUGAAGAGGAGGGUUCUAACGCCAACGGUGAGUCCAGUGGGGAACGUCCGGUGGGAAGUACGGACAGGAAACCGAAUCUUGUCUCCUGUAUCGCUGCUUUGGUUCACGCCAAUCAGUGCCGUGAUGCAAACUGUCGUAUGGCUGCUUGCAUCCAAAUGAAGCGAGUCUUGGCACAUCUACGUGCCUGUCCAAAACGUUCCAGCGGUACGUGUCCACUGUGUCGUCAACUUAUUAGCAUGUGCUGUUUGCACGCCAAAGCCUGUACGGAAGAACAAUGUCAGGUGCCACUAUGCCCUCAACUCAAAGACAGGCUUCGUCAACAGCAGAUUCAAAAACGACGUCAGCAGAACAAGUCCCUGCAGAGAAGGACGAAUCUCACUCGAGGAGCCACUGGUACGGAGUCCUCUGCCGCGACUUCGGCCUACCAUUCUCAAUAUGGGGCGCCGGGGAACUCCUCUGCCCAGUCGUCAAGUGGAGAUCUCCCCACAUCCAUGGCUGAUUCGCGACAGAUUUCUCGGAACUCUUCAUUUAGCAGUACUACCGAUAGCAGCAGGGUUGGGAGUUUACAGACUCUUUCUGUCAACGGUGGGAUGACGGUGGCGGCAUCUCCAAGGGUUCUGCCCGCACCCUCGUUCUCACUUCAGGGCCAACAGCCUUCGAGGUUGCCUGCUGCUUCCUCACAACUGGUUUGGCGGGAUGGACAGCCAGUGCCUUCACAGCAGGCGGGACAGAUGCAGCUGCAGCAGCAGCCUCCAUCACAGCAACAGCAGUCCAUGACACCUACUUCGACGUUCCGAUCUGGCGGUAAUGGUGGUGGUGCUCUUGUGACGCAAGAUGUUAACAGCCUGGCACCCACUCAACAACAAAUUGACCAAGUCGUAAAAGUGGUUGAUCUCAUUCGAAGAACACCGGCUUCUCAAGAGGAACAAAAUAAGCAGUUCAUCAACUGGAUUAAUCGCCAUCCCGAGUUUCGGCCAGCCUUCCUUGCCCUACGUGGACGCAAUAGGCAAGCUGCCAAUCAAAACCAGCGCGUAGCGCAGCAGCCAACCGUUAGCCAUCAAGCCCCUGGAGUUCAACCCCAGUCUACGGUGGGCGUCACGCCCAUUCAACCAUCUUCGUCUUCAACCACCGUCCUUUCCUAUAACCAGGCCGCAGAGUCCAUUCCCUCCACCUCGGCGAUCUCACAACCAAGGCAAGUUGCUAUCAGCGCAGCAGUUGGUCAGCGUCAGUUUUCACAGCAACAACAACCGGCACAAUUCACACCUCACUUAGCUGACCAACAACAGCAGCAACAAUAUGUGAUUGCGCAGCCGAUGCGUGUCCGUACCCUCCCUGGGGGUCCUGCUGUUAUUCAACAACAAGUUCAACCUCAGACUCAGCAUCCGUCCGACCAACAGUGGUUCGUCACCCGUGUCCGUACGGGGCCUGGCCAGCAGCAACAACAGCUCUAUUCCAACAGUAGUCCUGGAAAUGUGCAACCCUCGGCAGCAGUGUACACGGCAACAGGAGGAGGAAGUACUGGAACUACACUUUUGACAACAAUUGGAGCCGGUGGUGGAGGCCCCCAACAAACCCAGCAUCAUCCACAGCGGAUCAUUUCACCGUCAAGGCUCAUUCCCGCAGUGACUGCAGGUGGUGGAGGCCAAAGAGUCGGUGGGCAGUCCACCACAGUGGUUCAUUUUCGGGCGGCUUCGCAACAGCAGGCGCAGCAGCAACAGCCGCCUUCGCAGCAGCGUCCAAUUGUGGCUCUGAUGCAGCAGCCAUCCCCACAAAACCCACAGCUGUUGAAGCCUCAACAACAGCAGCAGCAACCACCGCCCCAGAAUCCUCCAUCUUCCUCAAGUAAUCCCUCGGGCUCGUUCAUUGUGUCAGACGUAUCAAAUGCUCCCAUCCCCGAACUGCCAUCUCUGCUUCACUGUUCAUAG